CAUCGACACGUAUCACCAUAAAAACCGGUCUGUAUAAUUGUUUUAUAUCAAUGUUUUCUUUAUGUCGACAUUACCUCCUAAUCUUUAAUUAUUUGAGAAAAGAAUGAGGAAAGAAAAACUACAAUGAGAUAACAAUAAUUAUUAAUAACACAGAACGUGUACGACACCAUACAAAUGAUAGACGCAUAAAUUCUUGCUGAAUUUCACGCUAUUAUUUUUUACGAAGUAUAAUUAGGUAAAGAGAGAUUUUCUAGACCGGAGAACAAGUUUUAUUAAAAAGAGACGACGUGUAUAUAUCUAAUACACAUUUUUCUGUUUUUCUUUUUAUGUUGUGCUUCUUAAGCACAUCGGAUCUAUGAAAGUAUAUUUCGGACCCCGCGUCUCUUAUAUUUACGUUGAUACUAUAUUAUUAUUACUAACGUCGCGUAUACUUUAAUGAGUUGAUAAUGAGUGGAACGUCCCCGCCGCAAAAGACGUCCGUGUUCUUGGAAGCGGAGCCUACGGCCUUUUCCCUGGCGAGUUGCGAAAUAUACAUCAAAAUGAUUCAUAGUGCUUACGUCCGCACGACUACUACCACACGCAUCCACCUAGGAUUCGUGUUAACUACAGGUGUAAUUAUCCGUAGACGUAAGCAACGUGUUCUCUCGUGGAUAUCUUUCCUCCAAGCCGAUCGAUUAUACAGCCAAGCUGGAUAUUUCCAAUUAAUCAUGUAUCCGUCGUUUAUUAAUUUACACGAAGAUGAGAAUGACCAUCACUUGCUCUUGGAUAUGGAUUCUUUCGACCAGGUCGUCAAACAAAGCAAUUUCUUAGCGAGCCGCGGUUGCGAACCAGUCAAGAAGAAAUGUUCGCUCGGUGAUGAGAGCGAGCAGGAGAUCGACGGCACAGGGUGGUCCGACAAACCUAUCAGAAGCUGGUGUCAGGAGGAAACAAUAAAUUGGCUUAUGUCAGCCGCGUCAUACUUAGGUCAACCUUACAGUUCUAUUCAGCACAGUCUCGCCGUGCCUGGGAAAGAGAUCAUCGCUUUUACACGGCAAGAUUUCAUCAACCAGGAUCCUGUGUACGGCAACCGAUUGUACGAUCUUCUUCACUCGCAACGUAUAUCAAACCUCUUGCCAACAUUUGAUACCAUUCAGCUGCAAUCGGAGGAUGAGUACGCGCGAGUCAAUUCUAGCAACAUAUCCGAUGCGGAAUCAGAUAAUAGCAUCGAAAUUGCAACCAAGAGAUUGCCUGGCAGACCAAGGGUACUGAAGACAAAAAAGAAUCCCGCCAGUCAAGGAAAAUUGUGGGAAUUUAUUCGAGAUUUACUACGUAACAGAGAAACAUGCCCGAGUUUAAUCUGCUGGGAAGACUACUCGCAAGCCAAAUUUCGCUUCGUAAAGAGCGACGAGGUAGCAAAACGAUGGGGUUCACGAAAAGGAAAUACGAAAAUGACUUAUGAAAAGCUUAGUAGAGCUAUGAGGUAUUAUUACAAAAGCAAAAUAUUUCUACCAGUACUUGGUAGAAGAUUGGUGUAUCAGUUUGGACCAAAUGCGAAAGGAUGGCAAACGGAUAACCCAAAUUUUCGACACUGAAAUGAUAUUGUCGAAAAAGAAUGAGUUUAUAAUAUGACCGAGUGUGCAAAGUCGAUAAAUUGUGAAAUCAAAUAUUUCGCGUUUUUCGAUAUUAGAAAAGUAAUCACUGUUAAUAUUCAUUCUUUAUAUGUUCGUUGAAUACGUUAUUAAUAAUAUAAUUGUUUAAAUAUCGUCGACAUGUAGCUGUUUCUCGCACAACCAAAGACAACAAUAUAAUAGAACAGAUCUUUCAAAAAGAGGAAUGAAAUUUGAAGUUAAAAAGACAUAGAAACAUUCGUUUUUCCUUUCUUGUAUCUUCGGUCUCUAUAUCUCUGACAUAAAUAUUUUAUAUUCCUAUAUCUUCAUAUCUUUGCAAAAACUAAUACAAUAAUCACGAUUAUAUAUUUAAGAAUGUAAUUGAAAAAGUACAUAAAAAGUACAUUUUUGAAAGAUGCGACUAUGAACAGACAAGUAGUUUUAAAAGCAGAAUCGUGAAGAAACGAUCUUUUCGUAAAAAAAAAAAAAAAAAACAA